AUGAUCGCUUCCUACGGUCGCGGCGGCGCGGGCAACAUGUCCAACAACCCCGUUUCUCCCCUCUCCUACAAAGACCUCCAGACGCCAACCCUCAAGACCUCGGUUUACACCACCGGCCGUGGUGGCUCCGGAAACAUGGCCUCCAACAACGACCCCAAGGAGGCUCGUCUUCGUCAAGACGUUGAACCUGUUGUCCGUCGACCAAGCGCCGGCGCCGUGUACGCUGGUCGUGGUGGUGCUGGUAACAUCUUCCACAACGACGAGCUGACGCGAAGCAAGUCCGCCGAGUACGCCGUGGACGACACCUCUUCUGGCAAGAGCGUCAAGAGCCUUGAUCUCUCAUUCGCCAACAAGUGGCUUCGUAGCAGGAAGUAA